AUGAAGGAUAAUGAUAAUCAUUUAAUUAUCCAUCAUCAAUCAUCAUGUCCCGUAUGUCAUACACAGGGUGUGUCAUUAGUUCUGAUUGAUUCGAAGCUACCUGCUGAAUUGAAAAGCUUUUUCUUACCUAUUCCAAAACAAAUUGAUUUAUUAACUAGUGCUGGUAAAUUUCAAUAUUGUUCAUUAAUUGAAAGGUUAAAUUAUCUUAAGGGACAAAAUGUCAAGUUGAAUGAUAAGGUUAAGAAGCAGAAACAAUUGUUGUGUACUGCUAAAGAAGAGUUGACUCAUUUAAAUAGUUAUAAAGGAAAGGUUAGUCAACUUGAGAAUGAAAUUCAAUCAUUAAGACAGAAGCUUAAUUCUACGACUACAACCAAUCAUAAAAGUCAUGAUGAUUUUGAUUUUUCGGAUGAUGACGAUGAUAUAGUGUUGAAUAACAUUAGUCAUGGAAGCAAUAGUAGUACUAGUCAUAUGAAUAAGAAUCAAUCAUCAGUUCCUACUAGUUUAGCACUGAAUACUUUUAUUGAAAAGAUUCAUAAACAAUCAUCACAAAGAGUUGUACCUUCUGUUACUACUAGUUCUACAUCUACAAGUUCAAAUAAUAAUAAUAAUCUUGGUUAUACCAAUAAUGAGAUAUCACCUAUAGUUAAUCGGAGUCGAAAUUCUUUCUUUGCUGAAUCAACUAAAAUUGGUGAGAUUAUUACACCAUUAAGUACUGGUACUUCAAGAGGUACAACAUCAUCAAUGGAGUUAACUCCAAGACAAGAAAUACAACAGCAACAUCCUCAUCCUCAUCCUCAUCCUCAUCAAGCUCAACAUUCAUAUCCUCAACAGAAUAACAGGUUAAAUCGAAUAUCUAAAACGAGAUCAUUAACAUCUCAGUUAGCAUCACGAAUCUCAUCUCAUAUGAAAGUAGCUAGUUUAUCACCAAAGAAGUUGCCUACAUAUAACAGAGCAGUAACCAAACCAUUAUUAAGUAGAGGUAUAGGAGGUGGGUUCUUAAGUGCUAGGCCAUCAACAGGUAAGAAUUCACCAUUUUUCAAUGACCAGAAUAGGUAACUUAUGACUGAUGAAAUAUUAUUUUGCAUUAUUUUUUAUAGUAAUAAAUGAUUACCAGCGUCUAAAGCAGAUGAUCUUAUCACUCUAUUUCUUUUUGUGUAAAAAAAACUAUUUUUUUCAUGGCUCAGGAGAGACCAGCCAGGAGAAAAUAAAAUAAAAAAAACAAUGUAUAAAAGGGGAACAAAUCCCUCGUUACAAAAUUUUAAUUUUUACA